AUGGCUGAAAUGAAGGUUGAUGUUGAUUCUUUACCAACACAACAAUCUGGAAGUUCAAAUGCAAGUGUUAAUCCUUCACCUACAACAGAAACUGCCAAGAAAGUGGAUGAAGGGAAAAAGACCGAAAAGAGAAAGCAAAAAACGGAUACUUCUGAAGCAUGGCGACAUUUCACUAGAGAUCCCGAUGAUCCUAAUUACUCUGUUUGUAAUCAUUGUACUAGACGAUUUCAUUGUGCUAAGAAAGUAUUGCGAGAUUUGUAUGCUCAUUACUCACAUGAAGUUGGAGUUAUUAAUGAAAAUCCGACAAGUAGUUCCGAAAAUAUUGAAGAAGAAAUUGUUAUUGACGUUGAUGAUGAUCCAACAACUUUCUUGAACAACCAAUACAAAAGAUUGUUGGAAGAGAACUCAAGUGGUACAGGUUUUACAUCUCAAAAAGAUUUGGUGAAAGUGUUAGAUAAGGGUACAUCGAAGUCUCUUGGUGAUAGUCGCAGUCUCUUUAUGAAACUAGACAACGGAGGUGUCGCUCUCUAUCGAAGAAGAGGGACUCCACCAGCUGGGUGUCGCUGGAAAGCCUCGGAAAGGAGGGGAUCCACCGGCUUGGUGUCCCUGGAAAGUGUUGGAUGGCGAGGUGGGGCUGGACGGAGGUCAGAGUUGGGAGGCUUCGGCGUCAAGAGAGACGUCGGAGGUGGGAGAAGCUAUCGAUGUCGAGAACUAAGAAGAAGAGAAAUGGUUUUGUCGAAGUGA